GCAUGAGUGAAUCCAGGUGAGAGAUUCUCUUAACAAUGACUAUAAAUCAUGUCAUAAAGUAGAAUAUCAUCUCUACUACUCUGAGUAGAAAUAGACAGCCCAAGACCCUUUGUUAUCUUCUCACACAGUACACAGUUUACACACACACACACACACUCCAUUUUCUCACUAACACAAACUUCAUAUUUCUCCAUAAUGCAGCUAACUCACUGACCCCAAACCACUAAAAACCACCAAACUAGAGUUAUAUAGUAUAGGAAAAAUGCUAGAAAGAAGCUGCAUUGUGAUUUUCUUGAUUUUCACUUCAUUUUUUCACUUUGGUUUGGGUAUGUUUAUGAACCUUACUCUUCCUGGUCAGCAUCCUGAUCCUGAAGCUGUUGUUCUUGAAGUUAAUAGAAAAGUGAAUGCAUCACUCUCACUACUCCAAUCAAGAAGAAAAAUGUUGUCCUACACCCCUAGUGAUCAAUCUUGCCAAACUGGCAAUCCUAUCGAUGAUUGUUGGAGAUGUGACCAUAAUUGGCAAUUAAAUCGCCAAAGACUAGCCGAUUGUGCCAUAGGUUUUGGCCAAUACGCCUUAGGUGGCAAAGGUGGUCGUUACUAUGUUGUCACCUCGUCCUCGGACCCUGACCCUGUCAGCCCGCCACCUGGCACUCUCCGAUACGGCGUCAUUCAAGAAGAACCAUUAUGGAUUGUCUUUGCCGCUAACAUGGAAAUCAAACUCUCAGAAGAACUCAUUUUCAACUCGUAUAAAACCCUAGAUGGUCGCGGAGUUAACGUUCACAUUACUGGUGGAGGGUGCGUAACGUUACAAUAUAUCUCAAACGUUAUUAUACAUAAUAUUCAUAUACAUCAUUGUUAUGAAUCUGGUGAAACUAAUAUAAGAUCUAGUCCUACACAUUUUGGUUGGAGAACAAAAUCAGAUGGAGAUGGAAUUUCUAUAUUUGGAUCAAGAGAUAUUUGGAUAGACCAUUGUUCAUUAUCAAAUUGUAAAGAUGGUUUAAUUGAUGUAGUAAUGGGGUCUACUGGUAUUACAAUAUCAAAUAAUCAUUUUUCACAUCAUAAUGAGGUAAUGUUAUUAGGUCAUAGUGAUGAUUAUUUGCCAGAUUCAGGAAUGCAAGUGACAAUUUCUUUUAAUCAUUUUGGGAAGAAAUUAAUUCAAAGAAUGCCAAGGUGUAGAAGAGGUUAUAUUCAUGUUGUGAAUAAUGAUUUUACAAGAUGGGAAAUGUAUGCAAUUGGAGGAAGUGGUAAUCCUACUAUCAACAGUCAAGGAAAUCGAUAUAUUGCACCUUUCAACCCUUUUGCUAAAGAGGUAACAAAAAGAGUGGAUACAGGAGAAGAAAAAUGGAGGAAUUGGAAUUGGAGAAGUGAAGGGGAUGUAAUGGCAAAUGGAGCAUACUUUGUGGCCUCAGGUGAAGGAGUUGAAGUUAAAUAUGAGAAGGCUUAUAGUGUGGAGCCCAAGUCUGCUGAUUUCAUCGACCAAAUUACAAUGAAUGCUGGUGUUCUUAUUCACAGGGGAAGCAACAGUGGUAAAUGGACUGCUGCCACCAAUGACACCGAUGGCGCGGUGGAUGGUGGCGGAGAAGAUUUGGUGGCGAUUUCCGGCGACGCAGAAGACUAUGAUGGUGAUGAAGAGUCUGGGAGUUCUACACUUUACUCUAACUCUUUGCUAUUUACUUGUCUAAUGGUAUUGUUAGCCUUCUUGUUUAUUCAUGUCAAAGUAACAACCAUGCUUUUGUAGUCUGAAAAUUUUAAGUCAAGGAGAAGUAAAAGGAAAACAAAUGGUCCUUUUCUUUUUCUCACAACUACAUUUAGAAAGUGUUGUUCAUGUUUUGUCAA